UCUGUAAAGGCUCUCCGCGCCAGCGCCCUCGCACUUUGCCUCGCAGAGUUAUUCUUGCCGUUUUCUGUUCCCGAGGCCGCAGCUGCGAACGGAGCGCCGUGCUCAGCGCCUCGUGGGACCGUCUAACAUCCGUUGGUGUGGCCCUGAUGGUGCGGCAAGCUCUGGACUUGUAGAGCUCCGGUGCGUUUUUUACAGGAUUUCAGAAGAUUUUUGUUCACGUGUAUGGCAUAGAAGAUGAAUUCUUCCACGUCCACUAUGAGUGAAGAGCCUGACGCGCUCUCGGUAGUAAACCAGCUUCGGGACCUGGCCGCGGAUCCCCUGAACAGGAGAGCCAUUGUCCAGGAUCAGGGGUGCCUGCCGGGCCUUAUUCUGUUUAUGGAUCACCCCAACCCCUCUGUUGUCCACUCAGCUUUGCUCGCUCUUCGAUACUUGGCAGAAUGCCGUGCUAACAGAGAAAAGAUGAAAGGAGAACUGGGUAUGAUGCUGAGUUUGCAAAAUGUUAUACAGAAGACUACAACUCCAGGAGAAACAAAACUGCUAGCUUCUGAAAUCUAUGACAUUCUUCAAUCCUCAAAUAUGGCAGAUGGUGAUAGUUACAAUGAAAUGAAUUCACGGCGAAGGAAAGCUCAGUUUUUUCUGGGAACUACAAACAAACGUGCUAAGACAGUGGUUUUGCAUAUAGAUGGUCUUGAUGAUACGUCUCGGAGAAAUCUGUGUGAAGAGGCUUUGUUAAAAAUUAAAGGCGUAAUUAGCUUUACUUUUCAAAUGGCUGUUCAGAGAUGUGUGGUACGAAUCCGUUCAGAUUUGAAAGCAGAGGCUUUGGCAUCAGCUAUAGCAUCGACCAAGGUUAUGAAGGCGCAGCAGGUAGUAAAAAGUGAAAGUGGUGAAGAGAUGCUGGUCCCAUUCCAAGAUACCCCCGUGGAAGUGGAGCAGAACACAGAACUGCCUGACUACCUGCCCGAGGACGAGAGUCCCUCAAAGGAGCAGGACAAAGCAGUGUCCCGGGUUGGCUCACACCCAGAGGGUGGAGCCAGCUGGCUGAGCACAGCUGCAAACUUUUUGUCCAGGUCAUUUUACUGGUGACUUCAGUUUGGGGCUCAAGGACUGUGUGAACCAACAAGGGGCCAGUUUUCCAUUGUUGUGGUGAACUGUCAAGUGCAAUUUGCAAUAAGUUAUCAUGAAAGUUUUUAGAUUACAUGAUUGCGUAUGCUGCAUUUUACAUUUUUUUGGACAUUAUAGCCCACUAAGUGGUGAAAAGGACAGAGGCUACAUGCAGGUGGAGUUGCUUUGUUUAUGAAGGUAUUUGCUUCUGGUUUUCUUUGUUUAAUUGCCUCACUUUUAUAAAAACCUGGGUCCACGUCAAGCCAAACAUGUGCAGCUUUACAUUUUCUUUUACGUGAAGCACGUGAUUAGGAAAUUUGUUUUCUCAUCAAACCUCAGGACCUAUCUGGAGAAGGUUUUUGUUUCCUGUUUUUUUUUUUUUCCCCAAGCUCAAGUUGUGCAUGAAUUACUGAAUACAUUUCUCUGCUUUUCUUCAUGAAAAAAUACUGUGGUACUCUUCACUGAAAGUUAAAAACAUUUCUCAUUACUCCUCCCCAUUUGUGCCUUUUUUAUUUUGCCAACCAUGUUUAUAAAAAAGACAUUACUAAUGACAUUUUGUGAAUCUAUAUUCAUUGAAUGUAGCAGUUCCCUAAAAAUACAGCCCAACUUUGCAUUGUCUUUUUGGUAUAACUUUAAUAAGAUUAACACAAAAUCAGUCAUGAAGAAUAAAGUGUAUAUAUCAUCAAAGUGCGAUUGGAGACUAUUUGAAUGUGAUCAGAUGUGGUUCGAGUUGACUUAUUACUGUUAGAAUCAGCUCUGAGAGUAACAUCCACUGUAAUAUUGGGAGAAACUCUAAAUGGUCUCUAGACCUUCAUGCUUGCACACUGUCCCCUGGGAAAAAGGUAGUAAAGAACUGACAACCCACAAAAAAAAAAAACAAGACCAACAAAACUUGAAUGCCUUGUAAUGCUGUAGUGCUACUUGGUUAAGUCUGAUUUUAAAACUUAAAUUGCUUGGCAGAUACCUAUUCAGUAGGUGUUUUCUUAUAUUGCCUUUUGUGAAUUUAUUAUGAAUAUGUGGUCGUAUUGAAUGGAAAAACACUCAAAAUUAUUGCUUAUAAAGAAAUAAAGCCAGCAUUGGUCUACUUAAUCUUGUUUCUUAUGGCCAGCCAGAAAAACAUUGAACUUCAGUGAAGGUAAGAUAACUGAAUAUAAACACACAUAUAUAUUUUUUCAUAGAUAAGAGCUAAUUACAUAUAUAUAGUGCUUCAAAUUUCUGGAAUAUUUGGCAACUAAAAAUUUCUUUUUGGAAAUUCAGCUAAAUCCCAAUAAACUAUUGCUAAUAUAAUUAAAAACAAGAGAAAGGAAAUACUUUUCAUCAACCUGUUAGAGCUGCUAUUUUACUACUUGUAGAAUGUGGAGGGAGAAUUGGACACUGGAGGGUUUUCUUGCAUUUUUAUUGUUUUACUUCUUGAGAAAAUGAACCCAGUGUCAUGGAGAAAAAUUACAUGUGAUACCAUUAUCACCAGUAAGAAUCUUGAGUCUCCACACAUGAGACCUUCAGUAGAAGGGUAUGGUGGGUGCUGAGAACAGUAAUCUUUUGUGUGUCUGAUUUCAAGACACACACAACUGAAAAUGUAAGCUUUCAGGGCAUGUGUUGCUUUGCAUGGACAAUACAACUUGCUGUGGGAUCAGAUCUGUUGGAAGAGAAGGCAAAACCACCUCCUUUCUGCAGCCAUUAAAACAAAGUUCACUGUUCUAACAAGUUUGUAUUUUAUUUCUCAUUCCCACACAUUGACUUCUUUCAAAAGCUACACCCCUUUUGUAGUGAUGGUUCAAUACAAGUUGGUAUUAUAGCUUGAUGUUUAUGUGUUCUAAUUCUAAGUGUUCUUUUAUUCCAGGUCUUAUAGAGCAAUUAAGGCAACUGUAAUGGCAUUUUUUGGGGAAAUAUAUUGUAAUGUAAUAAAAGAUAACAUAAUUAAAAGGGAAUGAGUAUUGCACUUUUUAUAGAAGCAGUAUUGAUUAUAAUUUUUGUUUGUUUUUGUUUUGGAGCUAUACCUGGUAGUGCUCAGGGCCUACUCCUGGCUCUGUGCUCAGGGAUUACUCCUGGCAGGACUCACAGGGACUUCACAUGGUGCCAGGGAUUGAACCUGGGUCAUCUGCAUGCAAAGCAAACACCUUACCCACUGUACCGGUGCUCAGCCCAUUGUUCAGUAUUCUUAUGCCAUUUCUGUCAUAUUGUCUGGGUGCUAUUUAGUUCCUUCCAAGUGAAUUACCCUUGUGAUUCCCACAUACCUUUCAUUCACUUCAUAACCAAAACCAUGUCUGUCACUCCCUAAGUUUAGACCUGUUGUCUCUAUACAUAUGUACCCACAGUUGUGUUUAAGAUAUUAAACUAAAAUUGUAGUUAAAGACAUCUUUUUCCUCAAUGAGAAAUAAAGAAGUCUGAGGUUGUAUUUUGGGUGUAGAAGUGCUGAAAUAAUACUAUAGGGGAAUCAGCAAAUAAUUUCAAUAUGCAGAAGAACUGGAAAAAUAGGAAGAAUAUUGGAUUAUAUCCCACCUCCAGUCCCCUGACAUGUUUCUGAAUUAUUGGUUAGUUAAUUCCUUUUUUUCAUUAGAGUUUUAUUUAAAAAUGUGGGAUGGGAACUAUGGGUGAAGAGAUAAUAGAGCAGAUAAUGAGUUUGUCUUGCAUAUGCUCAACCCAGGCUCAGAUCCCAGGGUUCCAUAUGGUUCCCUGAGCACCAUUGGAAGAAAUGCCGAGAGCAGAGCCAGGAGUGACCCCUAAGCAUUGCUGAGUAUGACCUCCCCCCAAAAAAAGUUAAAAUGUGGGUAGAAAAGGUUUCAUUGGUGAGGUUAAAAUUAGUUUUUAAUAUACUGGUAGUUAUAGAAGUUACUGUUGUAGGAGAGUUCUCCAUUACUGUAUAUAAGAAAUACUGGAUUUGAUUCCCUAUCUUAUAACUGACGAGCUUUGUAAUUGUAGUAAAAAUUUAAGUUUAAAUUUUUCUCAGUAGUAAAAAUGGAUGUAAUUUCUCCCUAGUGAGAUGACUGUAAUUUGAAAAUAAAAUUUAUCAAUGUAAAGUGAA